AUGGCUCUAAUCACACGCAAUGUCCUGUUGUGUCUCUUCCUGUGUUUGGUGUUCUUCACCCUCCAAGCCCAUGCAUUUGGUGCCGGCAACAUUGCCUCUAUCUCUGCGGUAGAGGGCAAGAAUUGGCGCCAUGGCGAUAUCGAAGACGUCUUGAAGACUGUGGCCUGUAUCCGUCAUCACAAAUGGAAUUCGAUGAUGAUCAAACGUGUCUACUUUGGGAAUUGGCUUCGCGACUAUUCUCAGGCCAUGGAUACCGGAGCUUUGAAGAAAGCACAGCCAGAAACCAUUCGUAUCUUGGUUUGGCUGCUAUCGUUUCUUGGAUUCGGGUAUGCUACAGCCGAGUUCGAGGUCACUUCAGAGCGCCUCGGAGUAUAUCGACCUGAAGAACAUAUUGACAACCCUAAAGACUACAAUGACAACGAGGAUGCCCGAAAGUUCGAUGUACGCCUCCGCGGUCCGGUCAGAGACAUUGAGCUACAAAUCGAUAUGGAGACGGGCAUGAAGAACUAUAUUGCGAAUGGUAAAGGCGAUUGGGCUACCAGCGCGGCUUUCGUCAAGUACAGCUUUGAACGUAGCAUCCACCACGGCCGUCUCUACACCAAUGGCCACGGAUUCUUUAAAGGGAAAGAUGAGGAUCUAGCUGAGGCUUUGAGAUGUCUUGGACAAGGCUUGCAUACACUGGAAGAUUUUGGUGCUCACACAAAUUACGUUGAACUGGCGCUUCGGGAAAUGGGCUUCCACAAUGUAUUUCCUCAUGUGGGAACUGCCACCGCGAUCAAUCUACGCGGAAAACAUGUUUUCCCACUUGUCACAGGCACUUUCGGGAUGGUGGAUUUCUAUCACUCGGUCCUUGGAGAGGCAACCGAUCAUUUCACCCAGAGUGAAGUGAACGAGAUGGACAAUGCUCUCGGCACAGCUCAGCAAGCAGCGCAGUCAUCAAAUCCUUUGAUGACAUUGGUCAAACUUCUCUCCAAGGUCCCUGGAACCAAAGGCCUUUGUGAUGAAGCGGAACAACUGCAAGCAAGCUCUCAGGCCCAAGCGCGUGCUAGUCAACACCAGGACUUUGGCGCGCAGGGGGGUUAUCAUGGAAUUGAGGAUUAUGGAGGCUCCUCGAGGGGGAUAGAUGACUGGGAGAGUAGUCGGGCAUCACAUCCCAGCUAUCCGUCGCAACAUCAGUCUUUUGACGCAAAUGCUUGGAAUCAACAGCCUCAAUCAGGUUAUCAGCCACAUUGGGAACAGAACCCACCUCAGUAUCAACAGCAAUCGCAGUGGCAUGACCAAGGCAUGCCGCAGAGUUUCAACAAUCCACCACCCUCUCAACAUCAAUCUCAAUGGAAUGAUCAGGGGAUGAACCAAAACUAUGCUGCACACGACCAAUAUGGCAAUACACAGCAGGACUGGCAGCAACCACAACAUCCGAGUUCUCAUCCCUCGCAGCCUAUGCAGUCAGCUAAUCCAACACAACCACAACCACCACCAUCGCAAUCCGGUGGUCCCAGUUCAACCGCUCUCGAAGGACUCUCAAAUUUUGACCCAGCCAAGACGGUCGCGCAGAUCUAUCCGAUUCUAGCAUUCCGAGAUAAAGUUGUUCGGACAAUCAGUGGCAUCAUCGAAAAGAUUCCAGGUUUGGAGGCGCUUGUCGACCGUAUCACCGAGACUUUGACGGUGUUCAUCCUCUCACUCUUGGCACCUUUUGUACGACCAAUUCUCAACGCAAUCUCCAAGGCACUGCAGACGGGAAGUGAGGGUGUUCUGACUUCAUCCGCAAAGCAUCAAUACGAGGUCUGGACGGAUCCACAUUGUACAGAUCCCACGCACUCAAUGCUGAGCAAGGACCACUUCAGCAACAUGCUGAACGAACCUGCCGGCAAUGUAGCGGCUGAGAUUCUCAAAUUUGUGGCUCCGCGAGUUCUAUAUGCUUGGGAACACCCUGAUGUCCCGGUGCAACAGGUCAUGCACGAUGUCGAGAGUAUAUUCCAUCAUCCCGCCUUAAGAAAUGAAAGACUCGAAGUCCAUCGGAGUAUGUUUGCUGCAGUAAAGCGAUGGGUGGACGGCUUACCCGACAGGGGACGCAGUCUCGAGAGCCUGUUGAGUUCAGACGGUGUGCGAGCUGGUAAAAACCACAAAGGAGGCGUUAACGAGCAUAUACAGCACUCUGCUCCAAGCACCAGCGGAGCACACCAUACAAGUUCUGGCCCACUGGGCGGCUUUGCGAGCUUCAUCCCAGGUCAACAGCAGCAUGGUGGCGGAGGAGGACACCAGUCUUCGUCAAACUCUGGAGCAUUUGGUGGACUGGCGAAUCUCAUUCCUGGUGGACACCAGGGCGGCGGCCAAGGGAGCAAUCCGCUGGGUAUGGUAGGCAACGUGCUCGGAAAUUUCACGGGGCAUAAACCGGCGCAACAACAACAUGGGGGAGGUGGUGGUCUGGGAAAUAUGUUGAGCAUGGCCGAAAAGUUACCUAUCCCUGGUGUCCACGGGGUCGCCGGCUCCUUGAACAAAUACACGAAAUUCAUGGGCGGGUUUCCUGGAAGCGGAGCGCGCGGUCUAGACGAUCAGGAUCUCGGAUCGAAUGGCAGUGAAUUAGGGGGAUCAAAGGAACUGCACGAAGCCGCACUGCUUGGAGAGCGCUCGGCUGCAGACAACAGAUCGCCCAGUCCCAUGCCCUUACAGCCACCUCCCGGGUACGAGCAAUACGGUCGACAAGAUGCUGGUAGUUAUGGAUACGGUCAAGAAGGACAAAACUAUCAAUACCAGACCGCCUACCAGGAUCCAUACCAGAGUCAGGGUCAGUAUCAUGGUGGCGGUGGCGGCGAAAGUGCGGGUUAUUAUGGAGGACGUUGA